AUGGUAUCAUUCUCCAAAACUUUGAAUUCAAAUUUACUAUUAGUAGCUCAAUCAAUAUUCCAAGAUUUAGCAACUCCACAACAAGCUUCAAAUGAUCAAUAUAAUAUUAUAAAUUUCUUAGGUGGUUCUGGUCCUUAUAAACAUGGUUCAAGAUAUGGUAUAAGUACAGAUAUACCUCAAGGUUGUGUCGUAGAACAAGUACAAAUGAUAUCUAGACAUGGUGAGCGAUUUCCAUCAAAAGGUGAUGGUGCUUAUUUUGAUACUGUUAUGGAAGUUUUCAAUAGUUAUAAAAAGAAUAAUCAAUUCAAAGGUGAUCUAUAUUUUUUGAAUGAUUAUAAAUAUUUUGUUACUGAUAAAGCAUCUUAUGAAAAAGAAACAUCUCCAACAAAUUCAGAGGGAACUUAUGCAGGUACUUCUAAUGCAUUAAGACAUGGAGCUUAUUUCAGACAAAGAUAUGGUUCUUUGUAUUCAAAUGAUACAACAUUUACUAUAUUUACAACUAAUUCAGGUAGAUGUUAUCAAACUGCCAAUUAUUUUGCAAGAGGAUUUUUAGGUGAUGAAUAUUCAGAAGAUAAUGUUGAGUAUGUUGUUGUUGAUGAAGAUAAAAAAAUGGGUGGUAAUUCAAUAACUCCAAGAUAUGCAUGUCAGUCAUUAGAUAAUGUUAAUAAUGAUCAUAUAAGUAAUCAGUUUGAUAAGAGUUAUUUACAAGGUAUAUUGGAUAGAUGGUUAGUGGAUAAUCCUGGAUUAAAUUUAACUACUAAUCAAGUGUCUUCAUUGUUUUUAUGGAUUGCUUUUGAGCUUAACGUUAAAGGUUCAUCACCGUUCGCUCCAUUGUUUACAAAUGAGGAAUAUAUUAAAAAUGGAUAUAGAAAUGAUUUGGUAAAUUAUUAUUCAAUAGGUCAGGGUAAUAAUUUAAGUAUAGUCGUUGGUUCACCAAUGGUCAAAGCAUCAUUAAAAUUAUUACAAGAUCAAGAUCAAAAAAUCAUUAUAAUGUUUACUCACGAUACAGAUAUGGAAUUCUACUUAUCAUCAAUGGGAUUAAUCAAUCCACCACAAGAUUUGCCAACAGAUCAUAUACCAUUCCCAAAUCCUUAUAACGCAGCAGAAUUAUUCCCACAAGGUGGUAGAACAUAUUUAGAAAAAUUAAAAUGUGGGUCAAAUGAAUACGUUAGAUUUAUAAUGAAUGAUGCAGUAGUUCCAUUACCAGGUUGUCAAAAUGGUGUUGGGUUCAGUUGUGAAUUUCAAAAUUUUACAAAUUUGAUUAAUAAAAGAUUGAACGGUGUUGAUUAUAAAACACAAUGCAAUGUUACUGGUCCUUCUGAUUUGACUUUCUUUUGGGAUUACAAAGAAAAUAAAUAUGACGCUCCUUUAAUAGAUCAAUAA